UGCUGAUUUGCUAGCCAAUAGCUAACACCGACGUGCUCCCCGUGUUGCCGGUUGGAUCAUAAUGUACGGGAGUGGGGCUGUGGAGUUACCGAUGGCUCGGUGUCACUGACGGGGUGUCGGACAUGUCCGUGGUGUACGCGCUGGCCUGGCGCUUCCUGCACGUGGCGCUGUGGGCCCAGCGCGCACUCCUCUUGUGGCUGCUCCGCUUCUGGGACUGGAGGCUGUGGCGCGCGGCGGUCGCUCUCCUCGUACCGAGCGACUUCGCUCUCCGGGAGCGAGCAGGAGCCAGGCGGGACUGCACGUACCUGUCAACGCGGCGGGACCAGCUCGCUCAGCAGCCGUGCCGCUGCGAGGACCCGCGGCCCGACUGCGACUGCCGGUACCUGAAGCACCGGUGUGACUGCAAGUACCUGCAGCGGCUCCAGUGCAACAUCCCAUUCACCAGGCAGCAGAGCGACUGCAAGUGCCAGCAACAGGUGCAGGGCCGCUGCUUCAGGACUGAUGUGUCCAGCCUGGCCAAGUUGCCCGUGCACGUGGGACUGAUCAUCAAUGAGGAGCAAGAGAGCUACACGGAUGUAGCCAAUUUAGUGGCGUGGUGCAUGGCGGCCGGCAUCUCCUAUGUCAGCGUGUAUGAUAAUCGAGGUCUCUUCAAACAAAAUAGUUCCAAGCUGAUGGAUAAAGUGUUAAAACAGCAGAAAGAAUUAUUGGACCAUGAGUAUUCCAAGAACACUUUUGGUUACGCUAAUGGCAGCGUUGACAAAGCAGAUAAAGCUCCCAGCCGUUUGCCUGUGGUCAAUAUACUAUCUCCAGAAGAUGGAAAGGCUGAAAUUGGAAAAACUGCCCAAAGAUUCUGUAAGCUAGUAGCAGAGAAAAAGAACCAACCAGGAGACCUGGAUGUGAAUGUAUUAGACAACUUACUAAGAAGUACACAAAGCUUCCCUGACCCUGAUCUAAUACUGAAAUUUGGUCAUGUAGCCAGUACUUUAGGAUUUCUACCAUGGCACAUUAGACUUUCAGAAAUCAUUUCUUUACCUUCACAUGUGAAUAUACGCUAUGAAGACUUUUAUUUCGCUCUCCGUUGCUACGCGGGCUGUGAGCAGCGGCUUGGGAAAUGACCUUGUCACAUGAGUUCCACCCGGCUUCUGUCUCAGAAGGACUCCAUACCUCUGUUUACAAAGGAAUGAGAUCCAGCCAAGAUGGUUCGUGGGUCCUACCCCAGCUGUGGACUUACAAUUUGUCAUCUGUCUGCUCAUUAAUGUGUCUUAAUGCACAGUUUGAGAAGUGUCGGCAGCCAAUUCAGGGAAGCAUGAACAAUAAAACUUAUGAACUCGUUUGGUACAGA